UUUCUCUUCUCUUCUUAACUGACUCUUUCUCUCUCUUUCAUCUCUAGAAGAUUUUCUCUCUCUAAGGUUUAUUAUUAUUUCUGUUUCUCAUUCUAUUUAAUUUUAAUUCAGUGUUAAUCGUGAUUCUUACGAUAAACAUUUCAUUUAAAUCGGUGAUUUCUGUUGUUCUUUUCUCUCUGUUAAUUAUAUCAAUUGUUUUCUCCUCUUUGGAAUAUCAAGUAAAAUUUAUUCACCUAAAACUGAUGUGAUCAUCUCUUGAUUAGCUGAAUUGUGCCUGUGGAAAGAGACCUACCAAUCAUAAGAAGCUGAUAAAUCAAAUUUAAACUUAAUAGAGAAAAAUAAACGUUGGAUUAAGAUAAUGGGUGCAUUUUUAGAUAGGCCUAAAACCGAUAAAGUAACCGAGAAAGGUUUCGGUAAUGGAUUACGAUAUGGUGUUAGCAGUAUGCAAGGAUGGAGAUUGGAAAUGGAAGAUGCUCAUUGUGCCGUACUUGGUAUCAAUGGGUUAACAGAUUGGUCCUUCUUCGCAGUGUUUGAUGGACAUGCAGGUCGGAGGGUUAGUGCUCAUUCUGCGGCUAAUCUACUGGAAUCUAUAAUACAAUCAGAUGAUUUUAAGAACCAUGCAGAAGAUUCAGCGAAAACCUCUAAUGGUAAAUCAUCUUCUGAGAAAGUAGCUGAUGGUAUUCGCGAGGGUUUCCUUAAAUUAGAUGAGAAGAUGAAAAAAUUACCUGAAGUUGUCUCAGGAGAAGAUAAAUCUGGUUCAACAGCGGUGUGCGCCAUUAUUUCUCCAACACAUUUUUUCCUUGCGAAUUGUGGUGACUCACGAGCAGUUCUUUCAAGGUCAGGAAAAGCGCAUUUCUCAACUCAAGACCACAAACCAGCUAAUCCAAAGGAAAAGGAGAGAAUUCAAAGAGCUGGUGGAAGUGUAACCAUCCAAAGGGUCAACGGAUCAUUAGCAGUGUCAAGAGCUCUUGGAGAUUAUGAUUAUAAGCAAGUCGUUGGCAGAGGACCAUGUGAACAAUUGAUAUCACCAGAACCCGAUUUAACUGUAAAAGCGAGAGAUCCUGAACACGAUGAGUUUCUCAUUCUUGCUUGUGAUGGUGUUUGGGAUGUUAUGAAUAACGACGAUUUGUGUAGUUUUGUUAAUUACCAAUUGUCAAUUCAACCUGAUUUAGAAUUAGUUGCAUCUUCCAUUAUCGAUACAUGUUUACAUAAGGGAAGUAAGGAUAACAUUAGUGUGGUACUAAUUGUUUUUCCUGGUGCACCAUCAAUCAGCGAGGAAGCUCAAAAAAAUGAUCAAGAAUGUAACCGAGUUUUAGAAGAGCAUAUAAAGGCUUUAUUGAAUUUGAAUGCGAACAUGUCUAUCUCCUGUAUCAUUGAUAAUUUGAUUUCUGAAAAGAUUCCAAAUCUUCCUCCUGGUGGAGGAUUAGAGGCCAAACGAACUGUAAUUGAUGAAAUUUAUAAAAAGUUAAGACCUCCAGUGGAUAAAGCUGAAGACACAAGCGGAGACAGUUCUGACUGACAACCUUAAAAUUCUGGCCUUUGAUAAAAAUUUGGUUAAUGGAAGAAAUCAAUCAAAAGAUUACUAUCAUAACCAUCGUUAUAAUUACCGAAAAAGACUUAAAACACUCGAUGAUCAUUUUCUGUGAAAAAAAAGAAACAAAUGAAAGAAAGAAAGAGAAUAGGAAAUAGAGAAAGACAAUUAAUUUGGGCAAAGAAAAUCAAUCGUUUACGAGGAAAACAAAUCAAAUGUGGAAACCAAAGUGAAGACAACAAAUCAACUAAAGAUCAUCUCAAUCAACUUAACAACAUAAACCCUUCACCAUGAUCAUUAUUCCUCAAUUACAUACCACAUUACAUGCACACAACAUACACACACUUACAUGCAUACACACAAUAUAUUAACAUAAACUUUUACUUCCUCUUUCUUUCCUUUCUUUCCUCCCUUUCCCUGACCCUUAAUCGUUCUCAUCAUGUUAGAGAUAAAUAUGAAUCUGUCAAUGUGAAAAAAUCAGUUUUUACUAAUCUUCUGAAAAGAGAAAAUCCUUACCUUUAAUCCCUCAAGUCCACAUGAACAUGAAAAAAUCCAUCCCAACGAAGGAGAAAUUACAAUUCACUUAUGUUACUUUUAACCACCUUCUCUCAUUUCCCACACCAAUCCCUUGCUUUUCUCUCUCUCUCUCACACACACUCUCUCUCUCUCUCUCCAUCUCUUUAUAAAUAUAUUUUUUCUAUUUCCCAAUGUAUAUUAUUGGUGAAAAAAUUGUCGUCAAAUUAAUUGUAAACAAACUUUGAGAGAAAAACUCUAAAUCAAACUAGCAACCAUUUUAAUUGUGGAAAGACAACCGACCCAACAAAUUAACAUUGAGAAAACAGGACGGCCCUCACUCACCCUAAUCAUUACCUCAUAAAACAAUUAAUCAACUGUUCCCAUUUCUUAAUCUAGUUCUUCCUUUUUUCUUUCUUAAUUGUAAAUGGUCUCAACCCUCGAACAUAAUCCGACCAUUAACCAUUAUCAAGACCAAUCCGAGAUACAAAGUUGAACCCAAUCAAUUAUUUUCCCGAUAACAAUUUAUAUCAUAUUAAUUAUCAUCUUACCACACUAGACAAUUUGAUAUUUACAUAUGAAUUUUAUCAUCUCUCUCUCUCUCACUCACUCACUCACUCACUCUUUCUCGUUUUCUAAAGUUUCUUUUGCCCAUCUGAAACUAACCCUUUUCUCUUUAUUUCCCCCCAAAAACUGUCUAAUCCACUUUUCUACAAUAUUUUAUUACAUCGAAGCUAAAUUGUUAUCAUUCCCAUUGAUAAUCAUCAUCUUCAUCUUCAUUCUCACUUCCUCCUCUUCCUCUCCUCGUGUAUCUUUUGUUCAUGAGAUAAACUUCAAAGUCAAAUCUGGUUCCACUUUGGGUGUUUUCAGAAUCAACUCUUCUAAAACAGAAUCUUACCUGAAUUCUGAUUCCGUGUAAUCUCCCAUUCUCUCAACAAUCAACUCAGUAUACCGGAAAGGGUGAAGACCAGAUAAAUAGGAAAUUCACCAAGAUGCAGGAAUGAAAUAAAAUAAUUUUUUCUAAAGUAUUUUUCUGAUAAAAA